AUGCUGAAUCGUGGCCGCUUCCCGUCCCACAAGCUGCUCCUAUAUCUCUCUGCGGGCUGUUGGUGGGGCUGGGAGCAGGACGAGCUCAUUUACUGUCUCGGGAAAACAAAGCCAAACAGGGAUUUCCCCCUGAGCAGCUGCGGCUGCACAGGGGGAUUCAGAAAGCUCAGCUGUGAGAGGCCGUGCACACUGCUCCAGAGCUCGGCCCAGCGCAGCCGGGCUUCACUUUACGUCUGUUUCCCGGAUGUCAGUGCCUCAGUCUGCGGACCGUUCUACCCCUCGUCCCGGGGCAGGGAGCCGAGGGGCGCCGCCCUGGUCUGA